GCGGUUUUCUAGAUGGAUGUAAAGCUGACGCGUCUCUCUACUAAAGACGAAGACGAAGUAGAAGGGGAACAUGUAGAAUUCAAAGUGAGCAAUGAAGUGUUCACUGUCGAAGAUGCCAUUGAAGCAUGUGGAUUUGGUUGGUUCCAGAUCAAGCUUUCUGUCUUUGCCGGUCUAAUUUGGGUUGUGGAUGCAAUGGAGAUUAUGGUCCUAUCCAUUCUUGCCGUUGAAGCACGGUGUGAGUAUGGCCUAGAAUCAUGGCAGGAGAGUCUUAUCACAACGGUUGUUUUCUUUGGCAUGUUUUGGGGUUCUUGGUUGUGGGGAAAAUUUAUGGACAAAUUUGGCAGGUGGAAGGGAUUGUUACUAGUGUGUGUCAGCGUGUCUGUUUCUUCUCUUGUCAGUGCUUUUGCACCCAACUAUGUCACACUGCUGCUGUUCAGAUGUGUAGUUGGAUUUGGCAUUUCUGGAUCAAUGCAAGCCGCCACAUAUUAUGCUGAGUUUCUGCCUGCCAAGCGACGAGCUAUAUGUUUGGUACUAAUGGAAAUUUUUUGGGCUGUAGGGACUAUCUCUGAGGUGCUACUGGCUCUGUUUGUUCUUGGGCAUUUAAAGUUGGAUUGGCACUGGCUUCUUGGAUUUACUUCUGUACCGGUGUUUAUUGAUCUUCUAGCAUUUAUGUUUGUUCCCGAAAGUCCUUUCUAUUACAUCAGUUCUGGCCAUCCUGAAAAGGCUCAUAAGGUUCUCGAGCAGGUAGCUCGAGACAAUGGAAGUAAGCUGCCAUCAGGACAGCUUGUAUCUAAACGAGAAAAGCAGUGGAUUGAGUUUUUGAAAAAAGACAUUGAAGAAACACAGAAUCAAGUGAAUGGACCUUUGUCAAAUGGCUACUGCAGUGACAGCAAUGUUGAUCUGCAAAGUUCAGAUGCAGAUACAGUUCAACUGAUACCAAUGCAACUAGAAUCAUCGAAAGGUACUCGGGGUCGUUUUUAUGAUCUGUUUUCAACUACUGAAAGAAGCCAUUUAACACUAUUGCUAUGGGUUAUCUGGUUAGGAGCUGCUUUUGGCUACUAUGGUAUAGUUCUUUUAUCAACUGAGUUGUUGGAUGUCUUGAAAGAACAGCAGGAGCGUAGCAACAGUAGCAACAAUGUACUUCAAUGUAUUGGUUCUGCACCGGUCUCUUCAAAAGGAAAUUGCACUCACUUGGAAACUGAUGAUUACAUGCAGCUACUGUGGACAACCGUAGCUGAGAUUCCUGGUAUGCUGCUAACUUUGUUAAUUAUUGAGAGGAUUGGUCGGAAGAAAACGAUGGCCGUAGAGUUCUUUCUAGCUGUGCCGUUUUUUCUCCUUAUGUACAUCUGUCCAGUACACAAAUUCGCGUUGCUGGCUUUUAUUUUUGGAGCCAGGGGUGUACUUACUGGUGCCUUUCAAGCUGUUAUGGUCUACACUCCUGAGGCAUACCCUACUUCUAUCAGAGGACUAGGAUUUGGCUUUUGUAGUUCGGUGGCUCGAAUAGGGGCAAUGAUUACUCCAUUUGUUGCUGAAGUACUGCUGAGAAAGUCAGUAAGAGGAGCUGAGGGUUUGUAUGCAGGAGUUGCCCUUGUGUGUGGAAUAUGUUGUUUGCUGUUGCCAUACGAAACAAAAGGGAAAGCACUUCAGGAGUCACUUGAUAUGUGAUAGGUGCGCAAAUCAACAGCUCAAGAGUCAAAUGACUAGAUUAUUAUGAUGUACUGUUUUAAUAGGAAGGUGCUAUUUCAUAACAGUAUGUAUUAAUUAAGGACUUGUGAUAGGAACACUUCAGAGCUGAAAUUUUAUGCACAUGUUGAAUUCUAUGACAUGGCAGGCAGUGCAAAUUUUGGUAUUUGUGGAGCAUGUUGUUUACGUACAAACCACAAAAUUGGCAUCUUGUAAUAGGUUGUGAUAGAGCCAAAAAUUCUUCACUAACGUUGAAACGUAAAGAUCACAUGCAGGUACAGUCUAA